UACGGUUCUAUGUCGAGGCGCUCUCGCUUACCGGCCGUAGUGCAUCAGCGGUCAGCGAGUGUGGCGGACGGCUCUGGGAUCGCAAUAACACGGCAGCAUGGCGGCCGCUCUUCUGACGGCCGCAGUCUUACUGGUGGCUCUGAACGUCGUGUGGUUUGCGUCCUGCACCGGCACCAGAGUGGAAGGUGGCCAGCCGUGCGCCGUGCGCUGGUACAACUACUCGAGCUUCGUGUGUGUCUGCAACGCCACCUACUGCGACGCGCCGCCCUCGACACCAGCGCUCAGCAAUGGCGGCAUCGCACACUACACCUCCUCGCGUUGCGGGCAACGGCUGGCAUUGCGGUUGCGCAGUUUCACUGAUUCAACAGAGCUGCGGUCUGGAGCGGCGCGCCUACGGGUGGAUACAAGCCAGCAGUUCCAGCGGAUGCUGGGCUUCGGCGGCGGUAUGUCGGACUCCACCGCCAUCAACAUCAGGGCGCUCAGCUCGGCCACCCAGCAGCAUCUGCUCAGGAGCUACUUCGGGAGCAGCGACGGCAGCUCACAGUACUCGCUGAUCCGUCUGCCCAUGGGUGGCACCGACUUCUCGGUACGCAACUACACGUAUGAUGACAGCAAUAAGCCUGACCCGUCCCUAAAGAACUUUGCUCUCCAGCCGGAAGACAUCGAAUACAAGAUUCCACUGAUACUGAUGGCUCAGAACCUUACAAACAAUGGGGUGAAGAUACAUGCGUUGCCCUGGUCAGCUCCCAGAUGGAUGAAAGUCUACAACGGGACGAGUGGCAUUAGCUGGCUGCAGUCUAAAUACUACCAGACCUGGGCCAACUAUUUCGUCAAGUUCCUGAAGGCGUAUGCGCGGCGUGGCGUGAACGUGUGGGCUGUAUCGCUGCAAAACGAACCCACAUCUGGUUCUGUCGUCACCAACGGCCUCAACAGCAUGGGCUGGAAUCCGCAGUGGUUGCGUCGCUUCCUUGUAGACUAUCUGGGCCCCACACUGCGCCGUGAGUCCUCUCUGGCUGACAUGGACAUCAUGAUCGGGGAAGACAUACGCAACUACUUGGAGUGGUCCGAGGAGAUACUGGAGAGCAAGGCUGCAGAGCGCCUGGCGAGCGGCGUGGCGGUGCACUGGUACGGGGACAGCGAGACCGACCCCGCCGUGCUGGACGACCUGCACCGGAACCACAGCGGCCUCUUCAUCCUCUACACGGAGGCCUGCUACGGUCCGUUCUUAGGCACUGGGUACCCAGCAGUGAGGCUGGGAAUGUGGGAACGGGCAGAGAACUACACCAGCGACAUCAUACAGGCGACGAACCACUGGACGUCUGGGUGGGAGGACUGGAACAUGGUGGUGAACACUGAGGGCGGCCCCAGCUGGAUCGGCAACCCCGCGGACGCGUCCAUCGUGUCAAAUUCGACGGCGGACGAGUUCUACAAGCAGCCCAUGUACUACGCCAUCGCACACUUCUCGCGCUUCGUGCCGCGCGGAUCCCGGCGCGUCAGCCUCCAGAUGGACGCCGACGCCAACUCCACCGACGUCGAGAGCGUCGCCUUCCUCACGCCUCAGGAUGACGUCGUCGUCGUCCUGCAGAACAAGCAGGGGACGCGGCGCUCCGUGGUGGUGUCGGACCCCCAGCUGGGAGAGGCGUCGCUGUCGCUGCCCGGCCACUCGAUGCACACGCUCGUCUACCAGAGAGCCAGCAACACUGUGUGAAAACCGCUUCUCCACAACACUCUUGAAACACACUUGUAUUACUGAUUAAAUAAAUAUACACAGUGAAAAAUC